GGUCAAGCUGAUGCUUCCUUUGUUCAACCCUCAAUGCCACACUCUGGCUACACAGCUGCUGUGAAUCCUAACGAAGAUGACCAUGAUCUUGGAGAAAUCAAAGAUGGUGGUGGUCGUAAAGAAGAUGAAGAAGAUGACGUUGGAGUAUUGGCUGUUGUGAAUCCUAAUGAAGACGACCAUGAUCUUGGAGAAAUCAAAGAUGAUGGUGGUGGUAAAGAAGAUGAAGAAGAUGACCUGGUUGCUUGAGAAAACAAAUCUGGGUUCCUAAAGGAACCCAAAAAUUGCAACUGGGUUCUGCGAGGAACCCAAGAUGAUGAAGAGUUGAAGAGGAUGCCGAGGAUGAGGAUGAGGAGGAGGAUAAGGAAGAGGAGAAAGAAGAAGAUAAGAAAUUAAAAUUAAAGUU